AUGCAUAUAAUGCUCGUUUUCUUGUCGGCCCAAGGUCACUUAAACCCUGUGCUCCAGUUUGCAGGGCACCUUGCCUCGAGGGGUAUCACCAUCACCCUUGCAACCACCACCACCGGCCGAGAGCGCAUCCUCAAGGGAGGCAUGGGAGCCGCGGUCGAGGCUGAGGGCACAAUCAAGUUUGAGUUCUUCUCCGAUGGUUGGGACUCACGAGUCCCGAACGUGAAUCUUGACGACUACAUGGAUAAGCUUGAGAUGUUGGGCAGAGAGAGCCUUGCUAGUCUGGUUGAGGAACUAGCAGCAAAUGGCCGCCAAGUCACUUACAUCGUUACGAGCCCGUUCACACCAUGGGUGGUUGAUGUGGCCAAGAAGCUUGAGAUCCCUUGUUCAGUGUUGUGGAUCCAAUCUUCGUUAGUCUACAGUUACUAUUAUCGUGUUUUUGGUGGAUCGGGAUCAAAUGGCGAGGUCCCAAUCAAUUUGCCGGGACUGCCUGAGCUGAAUCUCGAGGACUUACCAUCCCUGUCUUUGCCAUCAAACCCAUACAAAACCUUCCCGAGGAUUAUAACUCAGCUUUAUGCAAGACUCGGGGAUGUUAGAAUGGUAUUGGGGAACUCGUUUGAUAACCUAGAACCAGAGGAGAUCCGAUUUGUUGAGGGGCUACACCCAAUAAGACUUGUGGGGUCGCUUGUUCCACAGGUUCUUCUCGAAAGGCCGUAG